AUGGAAAACAACUUUUUCGACGAAGAGUCAAUCUCGAGUGAGGAGCUCAAUCAGAUAGGUUCUUAUUGGAACACUGAUUGGGACUCCUACUACGAAGAAUCUCUAGUAAGACCGUAUUCGCGUCAGGAAACCCCCUGGCAGCUCAUCUCGUUCGGAGACCCGCGUUAUCAGGAUCUAGAUCCUGAUGACCCGGUGUAUAUAGCAGCCUGUAGGGACCUAAAAGAAAAGCAGGAGAAACAGGCCAUCGCCGAGAAAGAAGAAGUAGCCAAAGCUUACGAGGAAGCUUUGGCUAAAUCGAAAAAAGAAGACGAAAUCCUAGAAGAAAAGAAAGGCGAAAUCAUCAGAUAUGCCAAAGGGAAAUUUUUUCCCUUACCUAGCCGUUUCGGUUCCACGACGGAACCAAACGACUGGGAUACGGCAUCAGACCUAAAUAGGAAACUUGUUUGUCAGCGUUGGUUCGAAAACCAAGAAAAAAAUGACACCUUAAAGUCAUUCGGCAUUGGAAUGGGCCUACUCCUGGGCAUCGUAAGCCUGUGCUUGCAAUUGUUCCAGCAGUAGGAGCAUUAUUUUUUUUCCCCAUAAUUUUUUUGUCUUGUUCUUUUCGACCUUAAAAUCAAAUAUA